AUGGCUACCACAUCUCGGCAGUUAGCAUUUGACUCUUUUGUUCCACUCACAGUCAGGGACAGCACACGGCGGGCUGGAACAAGACGGGCAACGACCACGGCCACAAGCAUUGCCUCUCAAGACAUUAUCUGUGCCUUAAGCGAGUCACGAGGAGUCUCGUCAAUCGUGGGAAUCGCCUUUGUGAACCUUGCGACAGCUGAAGCUGUCCUGUGCCAGAUAUGCGACAGUCAAACAUUUGUCAAAACCAUCACCAAAAUAGGAAUUUUCGAGCCGAGCGAGGUUUUAUUCAUGCGUACAGCGCAAGAGACAAAACUUCGCUAUAUCAUUGAAGAAAAUCUUCCUGGUCCAGUGCUCACGUUCGUCGAUCGCAGGUGCUGGUCUGACAAAGCCGGUCUGGAGUAUCUUGAACGUCUUGGAUUCCCAGACGAAGCAGAAUCUCUCCAAACCACGCUAGAGCGCAACUACUUUGCAGCAUGCAGUUUUGCAGCGGCUAUGAGGUACAUUGAGAUCGAACUCGAGAGGACUUUUGCAGCCCGAUCCUUACGCAUCAGAUUUGAGCCCUGUGAAGGAUCAAUGGUCAUAGAUCUGACCACUAUCGUCUCACUUGAAUUGAUUCAAAACCGACAGGAUGUCAAAUCAAAAGAUUGUUUGUUUGGGUUGCUGAAUGCAACUACAACACCGAUGGGGGCCAGGUUGCUUCGAGCCAAUGUUCUUCAACCCUCUACUGAACGUGUCAAGUUGACUGCAAGAUACAACGCGGUAGAGGAUUUAUCGACCAAACAAGAUAUGUUUGUUUCCGUGCGCCAAGCCUUGAAAGGCUUCGUGGAUGCAGACAAAGUGUUGACAUCGAUAAUCCUUGUACCAGUCAAGCGUACGGUGCAGUAUAUCGAGCAAUCGGUCAACUAUGUGAUCAUGCUCAAGACAUAUGUCUCCGCAAUAAAGAAGGUUUACCUGGCACUUGGGCCGGCUCAGAGCGAGAUCCUCACCACUAUUCGAGAGCUGUGUCAUCCUGCUGGUCACCGCGCUGUCGAAGAGCUGAUCGCGAAAACAUUAAACGAGAAUGUUGCGUAUCAAAACAAGCCUCUGGACCUGCGGAACCAGAGAAUUUACUGUGUGAAGACAGGCGUCAGCAGUCUAUUGGAUGUUGCGAGACAGAUUUACAAAGAAGCCAACGCUGAUGCAGCGGAGCUAGUCGCCCAACUGGGGGAAAACUUUGACAUGCUUCUGGACCUGAAGUAUGACAACGCUCGCCAAUACUACGUCAGUCUUCCAGCGGGAAGAAUCGAACCUCUACCCGAUGUCUUCAUCAAUGUUUAUCGCAAGAAGAACCGCAUUGAAUGUCAGACAUUAGACCUGGUGAAACUCAAUCAAAAGAUUGCCGAUGCCCACAGUGAGGUAAUAAGUCUGAGCGACCAGACGAUCCAAGGACUACUCCAUGACGUAUGUGCUGAGGUGGCAAGUCUUUUUCGCAUCAGCGAGGCAAUAGCGAUGUUAGAUAUGCUGGCAUCCUUUGCGCAGAUUGCAACAAGCUAUGGGUACAUCCGCCCUGAGUUGACAGCAACCCUAACCAUCAAAGCUGGUCGGCAUCCUAUUCGUGAACGUAUUCAUUCCAGCGCCUUCGUUCCCAACGAUGCUUGUGCCACUCCUCAAAGCCGUUUUCAAAUCAUCACCGGUUGUAACAUGAGUGGGAAAUCAACGUAUAUCCGAUCAAUUGCGCUGAUGACUGUUAUGGCGCAAGUGGGAUCUUUUGUACCGGCACAGUACGCGUCUUUCCCAAUCACACGUCAACUGUUUGCGCGGAUGGCCACCAGCGACGAUGUUGAUGCCAAUGUCUCCACAUUUGCGGCGGAAAUGCGCGAAAUGGCCUUCAUCCUUCGACACAUCCAGCCAUGUGCAAUGGUAGUAGUGGAUGAGCUUGGGCGCGGCACAAGCACGACGGACGGUCUCGCGAUUGCUCUCGCUCUUAGUGAAGCGCUCCUGGCCUGCAAUGCUUGGGUCUGGUUUGCGACCCACUUUCACGAUCUUGCCCGUAUUCUGUCUGAGAGGAACGGCGUGAUCAAUCUUCAUCUGGUCGCCGACAUCACUCCGUAUGCAAGCAAGAUGACUAUGUUGUACCAGAUUGCCGAAGGGCCGGUUCCGGAUCGAAGGUACGGUCUCGAGCUGGCUAAGUUGACAGAUUUACCACAAAAAGUAUUGGAGACGGCCAGUCGAAUCUCACAGUCAAUGAAUCGACUCACUGAGCGCAGAAGUAGUACUUCACGAGCGGUUACCUUGGCGCGAAAACGAAAAUUGCUUCUCGGUCUACGGGAAGAACUCAUCAUGGCUCACAAUGGGACAAUGGAUGAUGCAUCUCUUCGUCAGUAUCUCAUGAAACUCCAACGUGACUUCAUCUUGCAGAUGUCACGUCUUGAGCAGGAGACGCAAUCACAAAUUUAUGAUGAAAGUGGCAUGCCCGAGGGAGGUAUCGUUGAAGAACACACCUGCGGGCAGUCUGCGGUUGGGGAAGCUCAGUCAGGCAAGCCAUUAGACGAAGAUCGAGCGGCGAUCACUUCUUCCGGCUCCUUGCUCCUCGACUCUGAAAUCGAGUCUGGAUCCGAGAGUCCCAAACUGAUAUGA